UGUUCGACCGAUUUUUCCAAAAACCACAAAGGUAUAAUCCGCACAUCACGCCCGUUCUAUUGACACCACAAACCGAUCAAUCGGUCCAUUCAUCGGGUCUGCAGGCCUGGCUAAAGAAAAUUGGAAAACUUAUACACAUCCAACGGGCAAAGUCUGACUCGUAUAACACACAGCGGUCGUGACGCUUCGUUUUUUUAUUUACACUUAUAGGUUCGCGCCACUACCGUCGCGAUAGAUUAUUGGUAAACUGCAGUAAGACGGAUUGAAGUGUUACUCGCACUGUUAAUACGCAGUACUCGAUGUAUGAAUACUGACAACGCAGUCAUAUUACAUCGAACAGCGGUCGCAGCGCAUCCAACUUAUCGGCGGCGAUAGAUCGAUUCCGUCACACUUCGUCGGAUCCGCGACACCCGCGACUUAUCGGACAUGGCUACCACCAGAUUGGCGAUAGUGACGGGCGGCAACAAGGGCAUCGGGUACGCCAUCGUCAAGGACCUGUGCCGGCUGUUCGACGGCGACGUUUACCUGACGGCCCGGGACGUCGGCCGGGGCCUGGCGGCGGUGGACCGGCUGAACGAGCUGGGCCUGAAGCCCAAGUUCCAUCAGCUGGACGUGACCGACGCCGAUAGCGUGGCCGCUUUCGCCGCGUUCGUGGCCGACAACUACGCGGGCGUGGACGUGCUGGUCAACAACGCGGCGAUCUCCGUGAAGACAGGGAUGUUCGACUUUCAGGCCGAGGAGACGGUACGCGUCAACUACUUCGCCCUGCGGUCCGUGUGCGACGCGCUGUUCCCGCUGCUCAGGGCCGGCGCGCGCGUGGUCAAUUUGUCCAGCUCACUUGGCCGUCUGUCCUUGUUCCCCGGCGAAGAGCUCAAGCGGAAGCUGUCGUCGCCCCAACUGACCGUCGACGAGCUGGACGCGCUGGUCCGGCAGUUCGUGGACUGCGCCAAGGCCGGCGACCACGCGCAGGCCGGAUGGCCGACGUCCGCGUACACCGUGUCCAAGGUGGCCGUCAGCGCGCUUACGUCCGUACAACAGAGGGCGUUCGACGCGGACCCCAGGGCCGACAUCGUCGUCAACAGCGUCCAUCCCGGGCACGUGGACACGGACAUGACCGAUCACAAGGGACCGCUGACCAUCGAACAGGGCGCCGAAGCUCCGGUGUACCUGUCCCUGUUGCCGCCGGGCGAAAGCGACGUCAAGGGCCGUUACGUGUGGUGCGACAAGACCGUCAAGGACUGGCGCCAGUGUUGAGACGCGUCGACGACGGCCGCUUUUAUGACGAUAUGCCCGGCCACGGGCGCUACUCGCCAUUUUUCACGUAUACAAAGUACUUAUAGAAUCAAACUACAAGUCUACACGCGUUAAUACUCUAUUAGUACACACAUUCCGUAUACUUAAUAUUGUGAAUUUUUUUACGAAAAUCAUAUGUUUAUUAUUAAAUUAUUCGAUUUGGCACCGUUCAAACUGUGUUACUUUUGUGCUGUUUUAUUUAAAUGAUAUUAUAUAUAAUAUGUUAUCACAAUAUAAUAA